AUGUCUGAAGCAGAGCCCGCAGAGGAGCCGCGGUGUGACGCACAGACUGCGGCCUUGUGCUCCAAACUUGCGGCCUUUCGCCUCCCGGCCGUGUACCGGGAUGAGCUCGUGCAGCUGCUGAAACUGGCGGGACCCAUGGUAAUCUCCCAGUCCAUGAUCUUUUUGAUUGGCUUCGUCAGUGCAGUGUUUUGUGGUCACCUUGGGAAAACAGAACUUGCCAGUGUGGCUUUGGCAACUGGGGUGAUCAACGUCACUGGCAUUGUCAUCGGCACUGGUUUGUCUCAGACCUGCGACACGCUCAUAUCUCAGACCUUUGGGAGCGGUAACCUUAAACGAGCAGGUGUCAUUCUACAGCGAGGCGUGCUCAUCAUGCUGUUAGCUUGUUUCCCUUGUUGGUCCGUACUCGUAAACACAGAGCCUCUCCUACUCCUCGUCAAGCAGACUCCAGAUGUUGCCAGCCUUGCUCAGCUGUACAUCAACGUCUUCAUGCCAGCUCUGCCAGCUGCUUUUAUGUACAUGCUUCAAGGGAGGUUCCUACAAAACCAGGGAAUUAUCUGGCCUCAAGUUAUAACGGGAGCGAUUGGCAAUAUCUUGAAUGCAGUCAUCAACUAUGUGCUCCUGCACAUUCUGGAUAUGGGCGUUAUUGGCUCUGCAGUCGCCAAUUGCAUCACUCAGUAUUUGCUGGCUGGUAUUUUGUGUAUUUACAUCAUUGUGAGAGGUCUCCACAGAGCAACAUGGCCAGGCUGGUCCCUGGCCUGUCUGCAGGAGUGGCAGCCCUUCCUUUUCUUGGCCAUUCCCAGUCUGGUCAUGACGUGUCUGGAAUUCUGGGUGUUUGAACUUGGAGUGUUUUUGGCCGGACUCAUCAGUGAAGUGGAGCUGGGCGCGCAGAGUGUCGUCUAUCAGCUCAUCGCCAUCACUUUUGUGAUUCCUCUUGGACUCUCUGCUGCCGCCAGUGUUCGUGUCGGGAACGCUCUCGGUGCUGGUAACGUGGAGCAGGCAAAAGUCUCCGCCACAGUCCCCAUCAUUUGUGCAUCCGUUAUAGGGGUUGUCGUUGGAGCUCUCAUGAUCAUCUUGAAGCAGUACAUUGGACACAUCUUCACUCAAGAACGGGAGAUAAUUGAACGAGUGUCUGAAGUUUGUCUCGUUUACGGGUUCAUGUUUCCGGUCGACGCUGUGGCGGGCGUGGCCGGAGGGGUCCUCAGAGGAGUCGGAAAACAGAAGCAAGGAGCCAUCUGUAACAUGCUCGGAUACUACGUCAUUGGAGUGCCUGUUGGGGUCUCGCUCAUGUUCGCAGCGAAAAUGGGCAUCAUAGGACUUGGAAUCGGCAUCACCAUCUGUGUGACAUUGCAGUCCUCAGUGUUCAUUGCCAUUAUCUACAGAGUUGACUGGCAAAAGGAGUCUACUGUGGCCCAACAGAGAGCUGGUGUUCAGACCAACGAAGACAUGGAAAUGUCAAACAUCAGCAAUGUUGUUGUUGGUGAGUCUGUUGACCCUCCAGAGGUCGACCCUCCAGAGGUCGACCCUCCAGAGGUCGACCCUCCAGAGGUUGACCCUCCAGAGGUCAGCCCUCCGGUUCAGGUGGUCAUUGUGGGCCCCACCCUGCCCCGAAACGCCCUGCUCAUACGCCGUGGUUUGGCUUUGUGGUUCAUGGUGGCUCUUCUGUGUGCUGCAUGUGUUGGAAAAAAUUACCUACUCAAACUGCUGCAUUGAAAACCACUAGAUCAUAGUUGGGUGCGUUGAUGGUCUAGGAUUUGAUAUGAUUUCAGAUGGUGAGUAUCUCUAUGGGAGCGACUGGAUUUUUAAACUUUUAAUCAACCAUUUUAAUCAUGGCUUACGGUUCUUUCAACUGAUAUUUGUAUUUUUGACACUUUUUUUUAAUCAUAAAACGAAUUUGGCCUUACUUUACACAUGCUCAUGAACACACUGAACAUUGUACCAGUUUUUGUUUCAUAAUGGGCCCAGUAAUUGGAGUAGAUAUUAACCAUAAACCAAGUUGCCAGAUCUACUUUUUAUACAGUGAAAAAGCAAAUUCUAACCUAAAAUUGUAGAAGUUUUAUAGCUAGUAUCUCUGCAAUUAUAAGGCACAUACCUAUUGAGUUGCCAUCAUAUUGUUUUAAUGCUCAUUUUGAACAUUUGCCAGUAAUGGGAGCUGGAAACUCACAACUGACAUUCAGAGCCCUUAAGUCUCAAGUUUCUACGAUCGCUUCAUGUGAAACUCAUUUAUGGGCACAAAGUUCAUCUUCACUAUGGAAUUUACUUGGCUAGUAGUGACGUUAUUUAAUACAGGCAGUUUUUCAGUUGGAGACGGAGUCGACAAAUGAGGUUCAACAUGUGUAGAUUAUUUUUAGUGUAUUCUUAGUUCAAAAUUGUCCUGCCACCGUCCAUUUGAAACAUAACAUUACUUUAGGUUGCAGUUGGAAUAUUAGAUUUAACAUGUUUAAUUUCAAUUGUUUUAGGGUCUAAACUUUUUCAACACAAAUGAGCCAUGCUGUCUUGCCCUAAUGAUUUAUUUAUUAUUUUUAUCUAUUUUUUAAUUUUAAUAUUUUCUUUGUUUUUAUAAUCAUGGAGUUGUUUCUUUUUUAACUGAAUGUGCCUUGUUUUCCUUAAAUUUUUAUACUAUUGUUUAAAUUGUCUUUUUAUAUUUGGGUAUGUUUUUUAUUGUGAUUGUAGAGAAUGGAAUGUUAUGUUUUGCAAUGAAAUUCACUUUUUCUGUACUGUCCUCGUGUACAAGAGAUUGCAUUGGUGUAUGAUCACUGACAAUGUACAAUAGACAAUGUGACCUGUCUUUAUAUAUAGUGAAUUAAAUUUCUUGGAAACAUUC